AACUGAACCGGACCAGACCCAAAAUGCUCGUUCCUCACCAACACUGGAAACAAAGGACACCUUGAUAGUUCACAGGUAGCUUUCGGUUUCUUCUCUUUUUCGUGCGCUGACUGUUCUCCUCUUCUCUUCCCUCGCCUAUCUCUCUACUCUUCAAGGCACUGUACUAUCUCUUCCUCGCAAAUCUCUUCUUUCCAGCUUUAACGUUUCAUAUCAGAAUGGCAGUGCCAUCAGCAGGCAACCCAACUACCCCAAGUGCUCAACUGGUUGGAAAUGCUUUUGUCGAGCAGUAUUACCAUAUUCUUCAUACCUCGCCAGAAUUGGUUUAUAGAUUUUAUCAGGAUUCAAGUGUGCUCAGCCGGCCAGAUGCCAAUGGUGUGAUGACAUCAGUGGCAACCAUGCAAGGUAUCAAUGAUAAGAUACUUUCACUGAAUUUCAAGGACUACAAGGCCGAAAUAAAAACAGCAGAUGCUCAAAAAUCUUAUAAAGAAGGGGUUACUGUGUUAGUAACUGGAUGCCUGAUGGGCAAGGACAACUUGAAAAGGAAAUUUGCCCAGUCAUUUUUUCUUGCACCUCAAGACAAUGGGUAUUUUGUUCUGAAUGAUGUUUUCAGGUAUGUGGAGGACGAUGAACCAACGGAGAAUCACUCAGUUAAUGGUAUUGAUAACACCCCAACAGUCCCAUCAGUUCCAGAUUCAGGGCCUUCUCCUGUUCCUGAUCCUCCUGCACCAGACCCGGCAACAUCAAUUGUGGAACAAGAUGAAAAAGUUGAUGAGAACAUUGAUAAUCCUGUGGAAUCUGAUAAACAGUUAAUUAAUGAAAAGGAGGUGGUUGUGGAAUCUCAAUCUCAUUCUAAUGGGAAUGAUAGUUCUAUAGUUGUUGAAACUUCUUCUUCUGUCUCUCAAGAGGACACACCAAAGAAAUCUUAUGCAUCAAUUGUUAAAGUGGCAAGAGGCAGUUCAGGUCCAACAAAAGUUUACAUACCUGCUGUUGCUGCAAAGGUGAGUCCCAAGAAACCUGAGAGCCAGUCUGUAUCUGUAGCACCUGCCACAGAGGGUGAAGCAUCAGUACCUAGUAGCAAUGGAACCCCUGAAAGUAGCAAUCUUCAAGAGGAAGCUGAAGGCCACUCCAUUUAUAUCCGUAAUUUGCCCUACGACAUGAUGCCUGCUCAGCUUGAGGCAGAGUUCAAGAAAUUUGGACCGAUCAAGCAAGGAGGUAUCCAAGUCAGAUAUAAUAAGCAACAGGGAUACUGUUUUGGCUUUGUCGAAUUUCAUUCUUUGAGCUCCAUGAACAGUGCUAUUCAGGCAUCACCCAUGACUAUUGGAGGCCGGCAAGCAGUUAUUGAGAUAAAGAGAACCUCUUCGCGAGCUGCAGAUGCAGUUAGUAGUGGGAGAGGUAGGCUUCCUUCUGGGAGGGCUGGAUUUCAUAGCGACAGCUUCAGGAGCCGUGGAAAUUUUGGUGGCAGCUGGGGUACUGGCAGGAAUGAGUUUGGAACCCGGGGUGAAUUUUCUGGUCGAGGCAGGAGUUCAAAUGGGAGAGGUGAAGGUUACCAGCAAGGGAGAGGGAGAGGUGGCCGAUCAAGUGGGGCGAAGCAUAACACUAAUUCUGCAUGAAGUCUAACACCAUUGAUUUUUUGGGCAGCAUAUUUUUGGUAUCCAACACUGGGAUGGAUUAAAGUCUCUGUUCUGUUUAGGCAUUCUUUUGAGAAUAACUUGUGGAUUCUGAGUUGGAGUAAUGUUGAGUUGAAAAGGCAUUAGCCAGAGUUUUCAGGAUCUCUUUUUAUAGAAUGAGGGUAGGAUUUGUUUUGUUAGAGAUUACGUUGAUGACUUAGAGAUUUGUUAGAAACUUUUGUUGUUACUCUAAAAUGGGGAAGUUGCAAAGUUGUAAUCAUGGGUAGUUGUAACGAUCCCAGCUUUUCAAUGGACUGAUCGAUUUGCAAGAUUGUCUUGAGAACUCAAUCCUGAAUGAGAUUAGUUUUUGUGUA